AUGUGUUUAGCUUCAAGAUGUGCUGGAAUUAUCUUCACUGGGAUGAUGUCAAUUCUCUUCCUACGCAUGCGACUGGAAAUGUAUCAAUGGGCCAGUAUGGUGCCCGUUGUAAUUGGUUUAGUGAUUAUCUUUGUGAUCGAUAUCUUAUUCAGUGAAGACUUCUUUAUUGGUGAUUUAUUUGUUAUAACUGCACAAAUUGUGGUAGCACUUCAGAUGGUCGCCGAGCAGAAACUUUUAGCCGAUUGCGAUGUUCCUGCCCUUUUUGCUGUCGGAUUGGAAGGCAUUUUCGGUUUCCUUAUUCUGUCAAUUUUGAUGAUUCCAAUAUCCGUCUAUACACCCGAAAACGCGUUAGAUGCGUUUGAAGCAAUGCAUGACAGUGGGGAACUAGUCGGAGCAUUGUGCCUCACAGUUGCGAGACUUUCAAAAUGUUUGGAAUUUGAUCCACUGAUUUGGAAUUACAGUACUGCCUUCUUCAACUUUUCUGGUGUCUUGGUGACAAAGUAUAUGUCCGCAACAACGCGUAUGGUAUUGGGUAGUGUCUGUAUAAUCAUCGUCUGGCCUGUGUCGAAUCGAUUUUUCCAUAGUCAAUUUAUACCAUAUCAGAUCAUCGGUUUUGUCUUCCUUGUUGGCGGAAUGUUCAUAUACAACGAUAUACUUUUAAUGCCAUUCGUACGUAAGACGAACCUCUACAAACGUAUGUUCCCGAAGUGGGCAGCUGAGUUAGAAGCGUCCGAAUCGGAAAAAGAAUAG